UUGUCGUUGCAAAAAAUAAUUUUCCCGGGGUUAUACAUAACUCGGUACAGACGCCAACAGGACAUUUGAGAUAUCGUUGAGAAAAUGAAAGAUAUAAAGCAUCACUUCCCUUACACUGCUUGUUUUUCUGUUUUUGUACAUGUUAACAUAUUCUCUCCUUUUUUGUGCGAGUGUUGAUGUUUCUCCCGUAACCUAACCGCUUCUUCAUAAGUAUAAUGAAAACGCAGAUUUUUCGUUACAUUCUGGCUGCAGUGCUUUUUCAUAGCACGGUAGCAAUCGCAGAUGAAGAUGAAGAUAUUGCAAUAACAGAGGAUGCUUUCGAUGCACCGCUCAAUAUUUCCGAUGCAAAUGCCAUUGCGGGAACUGGACCCAGAUUGUGGCCGAACCCUAAAGCCAUUCCUUACAAUAUAUCAUGGACCUACAAUGACACAGAACGACAGGUCAUUCUCAAAGUUCUCCGCACAAUGGAAAGAAUGACGAAAAGAUGUAUUUUGUUCCAACCCAGGACGUUCGAAUCUGAUUACCUCACCUUUGAGUCGGGGAAUUCCAUCGGUUGCUCUUCCGACCUUGGAAGAACGUCUGGAAGACAAGCUAUUUACCUGGGGAAUCCAUCCUACCAGUCACAGCAUUUCCUGCCGACUUGUUUUGAUCCCAUUAACAUUCAGCUAGAAGUGAUGCUUGCACUCGGCUUUGACUUUGAGCAGAAACGUCCAGAUCGAGACCAGUAUGUCGAGGUGCGUAAUGCCAGCAUUUCGAGCGCUUUUCAGUCCUACUUUGCGGUCAAUCCAUCGAUGUAUACGUUUGGGACCAAGUACGACUACCAUUCCGUUCUACACCUGAGCGGCUUCGCUGCGGCGAACGUGUUUCCCCCGAAACCCGGCAUGAUAUCGAAAAACGGUUUGGUCAUAAGCAUGGGACGGCGAAAGCGUCUCGCUGCGGGUGACGUCGCCAAGAUCAUGAUUGCUUACAAAUGUCCACUUAAUAUCACGCGCGGUAGCAACCAGUCUGACACGAGCUCAGAUUUUCCGAUUUUCUCUAGCGAACCAAUGACUGAGGAGAAAUGCGGCGUACAAUUUAACAGUGACUGCUCGUCCGACGUUUCCACGAUCGAGAACUGCACAUAUCGAAUUGAUUUCCGUAUUGUUUGCCGAUCUAACGCAUCGGUUACCGUAUUGCAGCGGAUGGCGGUGGCUAUGGCUGAGCCACCGCUACGACUGGUUUCCAUAAAUGUGGAAGAACAACUUAUUGCAAACUACUCCUUUUCGCCAUUGCAACGCCAAGUCGUCAAACUACAGUUGCACAACUGCAGCACCGAGCGCGUGACCUCGAGACUAAGUGACCUGAACUUCACCAACCUUCUAGAUUUUCAGCUCAAUGGUUGUCGCAACCUGUCUGUCAAAAAGGAGGACUUUACGGUUUCUAAGCGGCUCCGGGUGGUUGUAUUUUACAACACUACUAUAAAUGUCAUGCAGCUGGGUUCCUUUACUGAUAUUCCCGACCUGCAGAUAUUGUCAGUGGAAGCGCGGCUGGACGACCGAAGAAACUACAGUUUCGACCAGUCGUUCCGAAGUUUCUUGCAAAAUCUCCACUGCAGCUGCGAAUUUGCUUGGUAUCGAUCGUGGUGGCGAAAAACGAAAACUUUGCUACUGCGAACAGAAAUCGGCGAAGUGUAUACUUUUGAAUCCAUGUUUCAAAGUUUGGAAAACGCUAAGUAUACCAAAAAGGAUCUUUAUCAUCCGAUAGACUGCCACGCUGACCCUUUUCCUGUAGGCCCAGAAUGGGUUAAUUACUCACAAAUCGAAUAUUCUGUCAACGAACCAGGCUGUAAUGGUACCGUAUUCUAGAAUUUUACAGUAGAUAUUGUAUUGUACCUCCGCUGACUACAGGCCAGCACUACUGUAGUACCAGCGAACCUUUAUUCUAUCAGUGAACUUAUUUUCUGGACAGAGUGUGGCACUGAUCUUUUCCUCAUUUACCAAUAAAAUAAUAUUUUCCUUUGCUAAAAAUGUUCGACCGUUCUACGCACAGUUGCGGCAUUAUAAUUCUACGCAUGGUUCCGUUGUAUCAAGCGCUACGCCUGCAGCGACUUAUCCUGAUGCCAGGUCAUUUCAAAUUUGUAUUUAAUGGAUGUAUUACUGCUUUUAAUUCUGAUAGACGUGCUGCCGCUUUUGUUAUACUACUUUCCAAAUUCGCCUUCGCCGUUUAAAGCGAAAGAUGUUACGAAGAAAUGAAUAAUUUCAGACAGUCUUCAUAAUAUGUAUAUAGUAUUGCUUUUGGUCAGUCUUUUGUGGUUUUGGUCGAGUGCCUCCAAACCUGGAUAACAUGAGUCUCCACAAUCACAUGAUAUGAGCUGUCCAAAAGAUAUACAUAGUAAUGGUAAACCAGCAGGAAUAUUUCCCAACGGCUUACUUUACAA